AUGCUCCGUGCCCUUCUUGGCAACGCAGUCAGCCCAGUCCUGGAGAAUGUUCCCCGCCGCACGAGACGCGGCAACCUCUACGCUCCGCCCAUUAUGUGCAGGCCCGUCCGGAAAGCUGACCUGGCGCAGGUGAAAGGAUUUCGCCGCCAAGGGUUCGACUUCUCCUCGCCAUACCGCCAGUCGGCUGUCCUCGAUAUGGUCGCCAUCGGUGAAGUAGAACUCGAUCCCAAUGCGCUGAGUAGACCUGAUGGAAGCCCGCCAGGCAUCGAAAGCACGGAGAUGGGUCGCAUUGAGAUCCGUGACUUUCGGUUUUGA